CAGGUAAAAAUGAAAACAAUAUUUUAUCAGAAACUUUGGUUUAAGUAAUUGUCAUUUAUCUUUAUUAUUUUUGUCUAACUUGUGUUAUUAUUUGUUGAUCAAUUUUGGGAAUUUUAAAAUGAAUAACGCAUCAGUGCUAGUAAUUUUAGUUUGCUUUAUGACACUUUUUCAUUCAGGAGCUGCUAUCAAGUGUUGGAUUUGUAGUAGUAGAACGGACCCUAAAUGUAAUGAUCCAUUUGUUAACGAAUCAAUACCUUUAAAUGAUUGUAAUAAUGAUCCUCAUAAACCUUCAACUCCUAGUUUGAUUGGUGCUAAAGCAACAAUGUGCAGAAAGGUUAGACAGAAGGUUGACAACGAAUGGAGAGUUACUCGAUCUUGUGCUUAUUUAGGCGAACCAGGAGAAGGGACUGGUAACGAAAAUGUUUGUCACUACCUAACAGAAUCAUACAAUGUCUUCCGUGAAACCUGUACAUGCAACAGUAAAGAUGGCUGUAACCACGGUUUUCUAUCUCACGGGAAUUUACUGACCAUUUGGAUAAUGUUUGCUAUUAGCCUAUUUUUCUGAGACCUGGAUCUGAUAUUUUUAUACCAAGAAUAUUGAUUAAAAUAGUAAAAUCGAGAUUCAAUUUGACACAAUCUAUAUUAACUAUUAAGCUUGUCAUCCUCUCAAUCAAACUAUUUCCAGUUAGUCCUUAAAAAUAGGACCUGAUCAUGUUUAUGAUGGAUCUCAAGUUUAUAAUGCUGAUCAUUGUUUUUAGAAGGUGUAAAUAGCACUCCCAAACCAAGGAAAUACAUUUAUUGGAUCAUGGAAAUGCAAAAAAUGGUUCUAGAAUUAUAUCUUCAUUGUAUGUGUCCUUAUAAUUUGCAGAUAUUUCAAUGUUUGUAAUACGAUUGCAAAAAAAAUAUUUUCUUAUCUAU